GUCAAGACAGCUAGACACGUCUACGUUGUUGGACUAGCUCAGCUUGCUAGCUUUGAGCUUUGUGUUUAAUAGCUAAAUUGUAAGCUAAUGUUAAAAUGUGUUUCACAUGAGCAGAUCGCUUGUACGAGUCAGUUGUUACCCUUUGAAAACAAUAAAACAGGAUCCCAUUGGAUUACGAGUGAAAAUAGGCAAGUUGUUAAAGUUAAACCACAAGUCAGUAUGGUCGUUCACCAUGGGGCUGGCUGGAACUAAACGUUGGACUUGCCAAAAAUGUGUUUACGCACCCGGCCCAGCCAUGUUUGGCACCGAGUCCUCACUAAGCAUGUUCCUGAACACGCUGACGCCCAAGUUUUACGUGGCUUUGACGGGGACGUCUUCCUUGAUUUCGGGCCUCAUAUUGAUAUUUGAGUGGUGGUACUUCAGGAAGUACGGCACUUCCUUCAUCGAGCAGGUGUCUGUGAGCCACCUGCGCCCCCUGCUGGGCGGUGUGGACAACAGCUCCCCCAGCAACUCCAACACCAGUAACGGAGAUGCAGACUCCAACCGACAGAGUGUAUCAGAAUGUAAAGUAUGGAGAAAUCCACUUAACUUAUUCAGAGGAGCCGAAUACAACAGGUACACGUGGGUGACGGGUCGAGAGCCGCUCACAUAUUAUGACAUGAAUCUUUCGGCGCAAGACCACCAGACCUUUUUCACGUGUGACUCGGAUCACCUGCGGCCAGCUGAUGCUAUAAUGCAAAAGGCUUGGCGAGAAAGGAACCCACAGGCACGGAUUUCUGCUGCUCAUGAAGCUCUGGAGCUGGAAGACUGUGCCACUGCAUACAUCCUAUUAGCUGAAGAAGAGGCUACUACCAUAGUGGAGGCAGAGAAGCUCUUCAAACAAGCGCUGAAGGCAGGAGAGGGCUGCUACCGACGCAGUCAACAGCUCCAGCAUCACGGAUCACAGUAUGAAGCGCAACACAGAAGGGACACAAAUGUAUUAGUUUACAUUAAGAGGAGACUUGCCAUGUGCUCCCGAAAGCUUGGGAGGACGAGGGAAGCAGUCAAAAUGAUGAGAGAUUUAAUGAAGGAGUUCCCUCUCCUCAGUAUGUUCAAUAUCCACGAAAACCUGCUGGAGUCGCUGCUGGAGCUGCAGAACUACGCCGACGUACAGGCAGUGCUCGCCAAGUACGACGAUAUUAGUUUACCUAAAUCUGCAACAAUAUGCUACACAGCAGCCCUCCUCAAAGCCAGAGCUGUAUCUGACAAGUUUUCCCCAGAGGCAGCGUCUCGGAGGGGCUUGAGCACAGCAGAGAUGAACGCGGUAGAAGCCAUACACAGAGCAGUGGAGUUCAACCCACACGUACCCAAAUACCUUUUAGAGAUGAAAAGUUUGAUCCUCCCGCCGGAGCACAUCCUGAAGCGCGGGGACAGCGAGGCCAUUGCCUACGCCUUCUUCCACCUGCAGCACUGGAAACGGGUGGAGGGAGCACUCAACCUGCUGCACUGCACCUGGGAGGGCACGUUCAGAAUGAUCCCUUACCCGCUGGAGAAGGGGCACCUGUUCUACCCAUACCCUAUCUGCACAGAGACCGCCGACAGAGAACUCCUACCAACAGUGUUCCACGAGGUGUCGGUCUACCCGAAGAAAGAGCUGCCCUUCUUCAUCCUGUUCACAGCCGGCCUCUGCUCCUUCACAGCCAUGCUGGCGCUCCUCACCCACCAGUUCCCCGAGCUCAUGGGAGUCUUCGCUAAAGCUUUUCUCAGCACGCUUUUCGCACCUCUCAACUUCAUCAUGGAGAAAGUGGAGAGCAUCCUACCUUCCAGCCUCUGGCACCAGCUCACACGGAUCUGACCCCCCCCGACCCCACUCCCGGCACGGCCUCCGACCGGUCUGGCGCGUUACGGAUGCCCCCCCUCACCCUCGUGCCAAGCUCUGUGCCCAGAUGCCCACGGGCAGGAGAGGAUUAAGGUUAAGGGGGGGGAAAAACAUUCAAAACAAGAGAAGGUCAAUUAUGGUUUUGACUUAUUUUUUAAAAGACGUUCUGUUCCCAUUUGUUUUUUUUUUUGUUUUGUUUUUUGUUUUAUGAUUUUUUUUUUUUUUUUUUUUUUCCAAACUCAUGUUGGAACCUGUUUUUUGUUGUACAAAAAAGAGGUGAUUAAAAUGCCAUCAAAAAAUGCAAAAAAGGACAAAAAAAAUAAAGACUUUUGUGUAUUGCUGCAAAAUGAAAACCGUCUGUUUG